GAAGUAACCAUCAAGUCAUCCAUCUCACUCUAUGUACUUCCUACCACUACUAACCCUCCAGACCAACACUUGUUCCCAUCAUCAUCAAGCUCACUCCCUUUUUCCGUCCGCCAACCUUUAGCUCAUUGUCGUCGUCAUUGUCAUCACCGGAGGAGGAAGGUGCGACGCAUAGCUACCAACUUCGUAAUUCCCAUUCUCUCUCGACCAGUAGCUUCAGCGGCAAAAGAGCGGGGUGACCAAACGAUGAUCCAAACAAGGAACUAA